CUCGAUUCUCUUCUCUCUCAUCAGUCAUCUCUGGAUCUGCUUCAUCAUCUUUACACAGUGACAUGGACAAACUCAUUCAUCUGAUUUUACUUUCUGGGCUUGUUUCCAUUGCGGGUGGUUUGGAAGAGAAUUUUGCAUUGAAAGGAACAGCUACACAGUCAUCAACACUCCUCAACUGGGUAGCUCAAAAAGCCGUAGAUGGUGUAAGAUAUGGCUCAGUUGAAGCAGAUCAUUGCUCUACUACACCAGUUGUGAGUAACCCAUGGUGGAGGUUGGAUCUUCUGGAUUAUUAUGAGAUUGAUACAGUGAUCAUCGCUCCUAAACCAUCCUGCUGUCCUGAAUUUACCACUGGAGUAGAGAUUCGUAUCGGAGACUCGCUGGACAACAAUGGAAACAACAAUCCCAUAUGUGCUGUAACUUCUGGAAUUACAAUUCAUGUCCCCGUCAGUUACUCAUGUGGUGCAAUGGACGGACGUUAUGUGAAUUUGGCCAUGCCUGGACAGACAACUCAUCUCACUAUUUGUGAAGUGGAGGUCUAUGGAAAAUUUUUAGGUCAAAGAAAAAGAACCUUUCUGAGGCUGAAAAUGUCCUCCAGUGGUGAUGUAGCUGCUGAGAGCGACAAAAUCCUCCACCAGCUGCAGUCUGCUCUUGGAUUAAACACCUCUGAUGUUAAACUGUCCUGGACACAACGGCCCGAGAAAGAAGAGGAAGAGAAGGCAGACAGAGGUUCUUGUGUUAAACAUCUUUAAUCUGGAUACAAACUAAAUGCUCAUUGAUUUCAUUCAGUGAUUUCUAUUGUUGUUCUUGCUGGUGUCACUGCUGAAUGUUAUAACAUGAAGCUCAUUAGAUCAUUCUCUCUAUGUUUCUGGUGUUAGUUGUGUAUAACCUGAGGGACAGUGUGUAGUACAACAGUCGUGUGUCAUUGGUAUAUUUUAUAUCUAUAAUAUUAUUAUAUUUAUUUACUUUUGUUUUAUAUGUUUUACAUCUUUGC